CACAUCAUUGAAAUGCUCCGUGUCGUGUUCUUGACGAGCACGCUUCUUGCGUUCUCUGCGGCUCGUAUUUACGAGCGUUGCGAGCUCGCCCGCGAUCUCAUUCAACUCGGAAUUAGUAAGGACCAGCUUGCCACGUGGGUGUGUAUCGCUUUCCACGAGUCCCGCUUCGAUACAGCGGCUCGUAACCCUUACAGUGGUGAUCAUGGAUUGUUGCAAAUAAGUGAACUGUAUUGGUGUGGUGCGGGGAAGGCUUGUGGUGUUCCGUGCUCGGCGUUUCGGGACGAGGACAUAUCUAACGACGUAGAAUGUGCGUUACGGAUCUACGAAGAACAUACGCGGCUGCAAGGAAACGGAUUUCUCGCUUGGGUGGUGUACCCCCAACACUGUAAGCACAAUGCUAAAAAGUAUCUUGCUGAUUGCGAAGGUUCAUUAAAAGAUGUCUCCCCAUACAAAGUUCAAGGACGAGGCAGGUCUCUCAAAGAUAAUUCACAAAGCCAAAAUAACAAUGAUCUUUACUUUAGAAAAUUUCCAAAUAUUGAUGACUUGAAACCACCGUCUAUAACAAUAAAUCAAUUUUUACCUGGUUUCAAUUCCGGAAAGCACAGCGGUGAUAAGUUUGACUUUACUAAGUUUGAAAUCAAACCUGAAAAUGAUGGAGGAAAAUUAAAUAAAAAGUUUCAAAUUAACGUUGGAAAUAUAAACAAAAUAAAUGACAACAUGAACCCAUUCCCUUGGUUAAAUUCAAAUUUGCUUAAAUAUGAUACAGUUAAGAUAUCAAAUGAGAAAAUAAAGAAUAUAGAUGAUCUUAAGCCACCUGUGUUCUUUAAGACAGCGUCACGUGAAUCUGAAAGAAUAAACUAUAAUAUACCUACAAGUACUCUACGAACAACUACAGCAAGUACUAAAGCAAGUGUAACAGUUGAUCCAGAACUAAUAGGUAUUAAGCCGCCAAACCCUCGAAGAUUAGAAACAAAUCAAUUCCGUCGUCGUAAAUUAAUCGACAUUAAUAAUAGUAACUUAACUAUGGACCAAACAGAUAAAACUAAAAAAACUGUAAGAAUAGAAACCAACGUCGUACCUAUAACGGAACCUACGUCUCCUGUGCGCAUAUCAGCAUCGAAUACAUCCUACACCUUCCGUUCAAAUAACCGUUUGCCAUAUGUCGAACCGCUGGUAAUUGAAAAUACAAAAAACAGCCAAGAAGUCAACUUGGUUACAAAAACUGCCUUAGAUAUUAGUAGUACUCAUGCUCAUGCAACGCCUUAUUCACAGAAUGUGUCACAAAAUAACAUCAUGACAACCGAGAAAAUAUCAUUACAAACUAAAGUACAGUUUCAUAACGAGACUUUGGACACCAAAAAAUAUUUAACAUAUAAUUUUCAAUCUACAGUGACUCCGCGCCUCAGUUCAAACUCGUACGGUAGGAGCAGUUUUAAUGUAACAACUACUAGUACGGAAAAUACACAGAAAAAAGAAUUAGAAAAAGAAGACCUGUAUAAAGAACGGAAUAGGGCACCGCAAAUGAACAGAAGUACGACAAAAGAUGUUCCGGCGAAAACAACUGACAACGAACAAUUGAAAGCAAUGAGAAAUGAAAGUACAAGAAGAAGAUAUACAUUAAGACCUCUUUUUCAAUCGAUUGCCGGAAAUGAAACAUUAAAUCUAAAUAACAGAUUAAAACUUGAAUCUACAAAAAUACCAGAUGGAAUGAAUACAACAACUGUUACUAAAACAAGCACUAAUACCGCGGUAACCUCGACGUUUUCUGAAUCAACAACGAAGUCGACGACACCAGCCACUCGUAUUUACUUAGAUGACGGCGCGACUACAGUACAUAGAAGAUCUACAAUAUCACCCAGCCGGCUAAGCGACGAUAAACAGUUAACAAAGUCACCACUAACUACGACGGUAUCAACGCCGACUACAAAGAAAGCAACACAAUCUAUCUUCGAUCUAUAUCUGAACCCCACCCAGCGACCUCGGAUCACCUAUAAUUUUCCCGUAUUCAAGGAUAGCCCGUUUAAGUUAAAAAUAUUUUCCGGCGGCACAACUACACCAGCGCCUCUCUUUAUUAGAAAUGCAUGAGAUAAUUUUACGAUACUUUAGCGUUCUAAAUGUAAUCGUCUACACUGCCAUAAUAUAAUGUGCUCAAUAUUUCUAGGAUUAAACCAAAAAGCAUUUACAAUUAUUAAAUAUAUUAUAAUCUUUUUUUUUUAAUAAUUAUGACUUAACUUAA